AGGUAAAGGACAACAAAAUAUGCAGACAUACUCAGAAGAACUCUGAUCAUUUGACUUAUGUGACAUCACCAGAGUCAUGUGUGCAUGAAAGCUUGUUCUUUGGGGGACUAACUUUUAACUUGACUUAAUAAUAGUUUACAACAAUCCAGCAGAACUGACAGAGAAACUGACUAUGACAUGGUGUUUGUAGGAGAUAAACUAUAUCUUGAUUUUACAGAGUAGUCUGUCUAAGAUUUAAAUGGUUUAUUAAAUUCAUGUUUUAAAGCUUACUUUUAUGCAUCUUAAUCAACAAUUUAUUUGUUUACUGUGUUAUUAAAAUAAAAUAAACAGUUAGAGGCAAAUGCAAACAAUAAGUAACAUUUAAACUGACAGGAGUAAUUCAUUUUGAUACGGCAGUUCAGUUGGGCCGAUGAUGUGAAAGAUAUAGUCAGAAUGUGAUUAAAUUGUUAUUCAACUGGAAUACAUGUAUUCUAUGUACAUAAGUCACAGAGAUGAUGUUUUUAAUGUCUUGCUGUUUGGGAAACACACAAGGAAUUUGAUUAGCAAAAUUAAAACUAGUAAUGAAUGUCUUAUAGUACAUUUCUUAAUAUCAUUUAAAACAUCUUCUUUCUUUUAUCCAGCACAUGACUGCUGACCUGUUGGUGUUUGUGAUAAACAAAGAGGGAGAGACGGAUUAACAGGUGCUUGGGAGAUAUUGUUGUCCAUUUACAAUUUACCCAUCCGCUUCCCAUUGAUCCAUCCACCUGGCCUAAUCCAGGUCAGGGUGUCUUUAUUCUGUGAACCUCAGAUUAGGGUGGCAAAGCAUGUCAAAGAUUACGACCGUCGGACAUUAAAUAAGUUUACUAAAGGUUGUGGAGUCAAAGGGCAGAGAUGAUUAUAUACAAGACUGGAGAGCUAAGUCCUCUAUAUAAAAAUAGUCUUCAAUGGAGAUUUAGAAGCUUGGUAUUUCUGUAAUCAUACUUUAAUGGCACAUAAUAAAUAGAAAUGCAUUGCAUCCAUUAGGUUGUUUUCCUUCCUAUUAGGAUAAACCAUGGUGGUCUUCUUUUAUUGUGGCAAAGAAAUUAAAAUCUCCUGGGAAUCACCUUCCCCAAUAAGUCAUGUGACUCAGAUUGCUGUGUCAUGUGACACAGAUGAGCCAGCCCGAGCUGUUUUGAAGGAAGAUUUUGUCUAAGAUUUAAUCUCUUCCUAAUCAAAAUCACACACCUCUUGAGUCACAAGUGUUUCUGUUUAGGUGCGUUAGAGUCUUGUUUACUCUUCAUAUGGUUCAUUGUUACUGUGUCCUAUAGAUACAUCAUUUUUGUUUCAAGUCAGCAUAGUCUCUGUCGAUGUUUUUAAAGGUGAAAGUAUGUUUUGCAGUAAUGAACAUGACAUUUUGGUUGAAUAAAAAGCACUAUUACAAGGUAGUUAACUUAGAUUUAUUCUAACCACUAAAAAAUAUAGAACAUUCAUCAGAUAUCAUUUGUGGAACAUUAUUAACAACAUAAUUUUUUUUUUUUUUUUUUAAAUUAAGAAAUUUUUUGUAAUUUCAUGGGUUUCAUUUCUUGCUAAAUGCUGCAGCUGUGUUAUGUUUUUAACCAACACACAGGAAGCUGGAAUGGUUUUAAAGUUAUUUUAAAACUCUUUCAUAUUCGCAUUGACACACUACCUUUAUGAAAGUGCGGCUGACAUACCAAGUAUUGGUGGCCCCCCAUGAAGCCAGCCCUUUUGACACUUUCUGGAGGCGCCCCUGACUGAGCCGGCAUUUGAGCGCACUUUCAAGAGAAUAGAAAAUCUAAAACACUUUGGAGAUAAUUGCAGCAUUAAUUUGAAUUAAAUUCUUUCCCAAAAUAGUAGGACACAGAGCACGUCCAGGCCAAUAGAAUCCGAGCAGUGAAGAGGAGCAGAUGCAGAUAAACCAGUCGCUCAUGAGGACUGCUUGCAUGCGCAUAUGAAAGAAAAAUGUGCCGCGCUGGCGCCUCCUGAAGACAGUUAUGGGCUACUGCCGGUGCUCAGAGCUGCAGAAAGAGACGGGCUUUCUCACAUUUCCCGAUCUCUCCCGGCCAAUACCGCCGCUGUGCCUCUUCUACAACACGGACGACAGCGAGCUGAGGCGACGACCCGCUACCAGCUUUGUUUAAAGCCGUAUUCACCUCCAGCCGGCCCCCGUCUGGAACAAAAUCUACUCUAACAAGGAGUGGAUUUAAUCCUGAGGAAGCAAUGCUGCUCUGAUGACAUCAGGUUCCUAUAGAGAUUUUUCUCCAGUGAGAAAAGCAAAUUGUCAGCAAGAUAUGGUUGAAGGAUUCGUGUGAUGGAUAGGUGAUGGAGUCCUCCAUCGUCGGUGUCCCGCAGUGACUCGCCCUCCUCUGUAUCUUGCGCUCAGGCACGAGUGUGUACCGGCGACCCACGACCCCUCCACAUCUUUGCCAUGGUGACAUAAGCAGCGCUGCAACAUGAGGGAGCGCCAACAUGACCAUCUUGUGCUGCUGUAGCUGCUACCUCCAUGAUGAUUGUUUUUAGCUCUGUAACAAUCGUGACUCUGCUGUGAGAAAUUUCUGCCUGCCUCUUGUUUUUUUUUUCUCUGCCCACGCUGAGAGAAACUGUCCCCUAGGCUUGUUGCUGGGCCGGUGGGGCGGAGCAGUGCGGCGAGAGACGAUGCUGGGAUGCGUGACACGCCUCCGUCGGCUGGUCCGCCUCCUUCCCCUGCAGACCUCCCUGCUCCUCCUCUUCCUGUUCUGCACAGUCAGCGUCUUCAUCUUCUCCUACUUCCUCUAUGGGGUCAAGCGCGAGCCGGAGCCUUCGGCGGUGGGCCUGUCUGGGCCUGAGGGAGCCUCGGCAGACUCGGACUACCCAAGGGUCAUUCCUUCCCGGCUGCUGCCCGUGCGAAGCGUCCCCGGGGGAUCUGGGGUGGAUCUCGGAGGGACCAGGACAGAUCCUGUGGUUCUGGUGUUUGUGGAAAGCCAAUAUUCUCAACUGGGGCAGGAGAUCGUGGCCAUCUUGGAGUCGGGCCGGUUCAAGUACAGGACAGAGAUUUCUCCAGGGAAGGGGGAUAUGCCUACCCUGACGGACAAAGAGAGGGGACGUUUCACGCUGGUGAUUUACGAGAACAUUCUGAAGUAUGUGAACUUGGACGCUUGGAACCGAGAGCUGCUGGAUAAAUACUGUGUGGAGUACGGAGUGGGCAUCAUCGGCUUCUUCAAGGCCAAUGAAAACAGUCUGCUCAGUGCGCAGCUCAAAGGCUUCCCCCUUUUUCUUCACUCCAACCUGGGUCUGAAGGACUGCAUGGUCAACCCCAAGUCGCCGCUUCUCUUCAUCACCCGGGUCGGCCAGAGCCUGCCCGGUCCUCUCCCGGGGGAUGACUGGACUGUGUUUCAGUCCAAUCACUCCACCUAUGAGCCCGUGCUAAUGGCAAAGACCCAGUCGGCCGAGAGCGUGGCGUCGCUGGGGCAGAACGCAGCCAUGCUCCCGUCUGUGGUGCAGGACCUGGGGCUUCAUGAUGGCAUCCAGAGGGUCCUGUUUGGCAAUAAUUUGAGCUUUUGGCUGCACAAGCUGGUGUUUGUGGACGCUGUGGCCUUUCUAACCGGGAAGCGGCUCUCAUUGUCCCUGGAGCGGUACAUCCUGGUAGACAUAGAUGACAUCUUUGUGGGCAAGGAAGGCACCCGCAUGAAGGUACCGGAUGUAAAGGCCCUGCUAGAGACGCAGAGGGAGCUGCGCACCCAUGUGCCCAACUUCACCUUCAAUCUGGGCUUCUCAGGGAAAUUCUUUCACGCUGGAUCGGAUGAGGAGGACCUGGGAGAUGACCUGCUGUUGUCCCAUGUGAAGGAUUUCUGGUGGUUUCCUCACAUGUGGAGCCACAUGCAACCCCAUCUAUUCCACAACCAGUCCGUGCUGGCCGAGCAGAUGUUGCUCAACAAGAAAUUUGCCAUGGACCACGGGAUUCCCACCAACAUGGGCUACGCAGUGGCCCCUCACCAUUCGGGGGUCUAUCCUGUACACCUGCAGCUGUAUGACGCCUGGAAGAAAGUUUGGGGCAUCAAAGUGACCAGCACGGAGGAGUACCCUCACCUAAAGCCUGCCCGCUUCCGACGAGGGUUCAUCCACAGCGGAAUAAGCGUGUUGCCCCGGCAGACUUGUGGUCUUUUCACGCACACCAUCUUCUACAAAGACUACCCGGGCAGCCCGAACGAACUGGACAAGCUCAUCAAUGGGGGGGAGCUCUUCCUCACUGUCCUGCUGAACCCUAUCAGCAUCUUCAUGACCCAUCUAUCCAACUAUGGGAACGACCGUCUCGGUCUGUACACCUUCAAAAGCUUGGUGAUGUUUGUGAAGACAUGGACCAACCUAAAGAUGCAGACUCUGCCGCCCAUCCCGCUGGCCCAGAAGUACUUCAGCCUGUUUCCAUCUGAGAGAGAUCCCCUCUGGCAGGAUCCUUGUGAGGAUAAAAGACACAAGGACAUCUGGUCCAAAGAGAAAACAUGUGACCGCUUCCCAAAGCUGCUUGUCAUUGGGCCUCAGAAGACAGGGACAACAGCACUUUACCUAUUUCUUGGCAUGCAUCCCGACCUGACCAGCAACUAUCCCAGCAAGGAGACAUUUGAGGAGAUCCAGUUCUUCAAUGGACACAACUAUCACAGAGGCAUUGACUGGUAUAUGGAAUACUUUCCUCUGCCCUCCAACACCAGUUCAGACUACUACUUUGAGAAGAGUGCCAACUACUUUGACUCUGAGUUGGCUGCCCAGAGGGCUGCAGCUCUCCUACCUAAAGCUAAGAUCACCACCAUCCUCAUUAACCCAGCAGACAGAGCUUACUCCUGGUACCAGCAUCAGAGAGCCCAUGACGACCCCGUGGCGCUGAAGUACUCCUUCCAUGAAGUCAUCACUGCAGCACGCGAUGCUCCAAUCAAACUGCGGGUGCUACAGAACCGGUGCCUGGUGCCGGGAUGGUACGCUGUCCACCUGGAGCGCUGGCUGAAUCACUACCAUUCGAGCCAGUUGUUGGUUUUGGAUGGACAGAUACUGAAGUCAGAGCCUGCCUCAGUCAUGGAUAAAAUCCAGAAGUUUCUUGGCCUCCCCAAUGUCAUCAACUACCACAAGAUCUUAGCGUUUGACCCCAAGAAAGGCUUCUGGUGUCAGCUGCUGGAGGGAGGAAAGACCAAGUGUCUGGGAAAGAGCAAAGGACGCCGGUACCCUGACAUGGACCCUGAGUCCCAGGAGUUCCUCAGGGACUACUACCGGGACCACAACAUUGAGCUAUCGAAACUGCUCUACAGGAUGGGUCAGCCACUACCCAGCUGGCUCAGAGAAGAACUGGUCCACACCAGGUAGCAGCACCGCUGUAGGAGAAAACCACAGCUCCACAUUCCGAAACCUUGCUCCACCCUGCAGGGCUUGCUGAAAGAUUUGAGCACGGUAUGCCGAACAUGAACUCGAAGCUUAACCGUGAUCUUCUUUGUGGAGAGCAGAUUGGUUUCAGGGCUCCCCUAAAACUGUGUCUUGAGGAUUUGAACAAGUAAAGACUCGAUGAUGCACAGUGGGGUUCUCCAGUGUUCGAUAAUCCCAGUCCCAGUAAUCAAACUAUCUUUACAUGAACUGUUGCCUGAGACUGAAAAAUGAAAAGCAAAUGAACUUUGAGCAGUUUUUUCCUGUUAGUUCUAUAAACAGGUGACAGAUGUAAACACUAUCAUGGGUCCUCAGUGAUAGUGGAGCAGCACAGUGUUGACUCAACCAGUGGCAGCGUGUUCGACAUGUUGAUUCAAGCUACUUUCAAUAGAAGUGUAUGAGUGGUAAGUGAGGACAUGAGGAGUCCUGACCCGGGCUGCGUCUUGUAGCCUUCCUCAAUAGGCCUUGGUAGAAUCUAGUUAUUGCAUUUACAAGUGCCAGGACAGAAACUUCAAGCUAUCAACCCCUUGGAUUUUUUUUUUUGAAGGGUUCCUUUUUCUUUUGUUUCAGCUCUUGUUUUGUUUUCUUCUGUCUCAUUUAACAUUUCUGUAGCGCUGAUGGAAAUGCAUAUUUGUUAGAAUGUACCAAAACUAAACCUGGUAGAGGCAUUGUUUCCACACAAGCAGGAUGUACAGCACUGUUAUUGGCCCAGCCUGCUCUGCAGUCAGCUUCGCGACCACUGAGCCGGCCUAGGCAGAAACAGGAGGACGGAUCCAGAAAGCACAAAGGCCCUGGGGUGAGCGUCGACCCUGGUCGUACAGGUUAACUGGAAAGCACACUAAGUUCAUGGCUCCUACUACAAUCUGUGAAGAAGAUCAUAAGCUAGCUACUGUAUGCAUGGUCCUACAGAUUCAGAUUGUGUACAGAAGGAAAAAAAAGUGCAUUUCAAAAUGUUUUUGGCAUUUUUUUUUGUUUUUUUGUUAAAAUUGUAUAUUUGUUUUGUCUUUUUUUUUUAUUUUACUUACAAGAGGAGUGUAGAACUGGGAAGAAUAGAAAAAAACAGACCCAACAGUACUUUGCGUGUUUCCAUAUGGAUGUCUGGUGUUACCAUUGCAACUAGGUGUUCAUUGGUAACCAAAAGCUGCUUUUACUGCAAUAGUUUUGUACGUUGCUCAAACGCACAUGGCGGUUUAUUUCCUGACUUUGUAAUGUACAUAAACCCCCGGGUAGACCUAAAUUAUUGAAUGUGUUUGGGUUUUACGCUCCUAUCAGCCUGUUGUUGUAGCGUUAAAAACGUCAGUGCUGCGCUGAGGGGAAUUUGGGAUCCAUUCAUCAUGCAGAAGUGUUUCCUCUCACUGCCAACUGUUGUACAAAAGUGCAGAGUUUCUCCGUAUAUAAAGUAUUAAACACAUAACAGCAACGAUGGUACUAAUCUCCUGGACUGUAUGAUACAGAUUUGUAAUUGUUGUCAAUAAUUUUUACAGUGUAACUAAUAUUGUUGGUGCUUUUUAAUUUGCAAAUAAAACACCACUGUAUUUUUCAUUA